UGGAUAGUCAAAUUGUUGGGGAACUUCACAGCGUUCGGUCGUAAAUUGGGCGGAUUAGAAGCGGCAACUUAGCGGUCAUUUCAGUGUAUUGUGCAGUCAAAAGGAUACAACAUGAUAACGUGGACCCUCUGGUGUGGAUUACUCUUCGUCCUUUGGAUAUACUUUCUGUGGAGUCGGCGACGAUUCUAUUUGCUCACACUCAAAAUUCCCGGACCAAUUGGAUAUCCAUUUAUGGGCAUGGCACACAAAUUGAUCCACAGGGAAGAUAUACUGAAUGAAUUUGGAAUCUAUCUGCGCAAGCAUGGCCCCACAAUAAUGUCUUGGCUUGGACCUAUUCCCUUUGUGAUCGCCAGCGACCCGCAGGUGGUGCAGGAUAUCCUCACCUCUCCCCACUGCGUCAACAAAGGCAUCAUCUACAGGGCGGUGGACGAUGGAAUGGGCGUGGGACUCUUCAGUUUAAAGGAUCCCCGCUGGAGUGUGCAUCGCAAGCUGCUGAAUCCGGCCUUCAGCCACAAGGUUUUGAUCAGCUUUCUGCCCAUUUUCAACAAAGAGACGGGACAGCUACUCAAGCAGUUUGACUCACUGCCGGGCAACGGAGAGUUGAAUUUAAUUCCGCUACUGCAAAGCUUUACAAUGGGCAUAACAACUCAAACCACAAUGGGAUGCGAUGUGAAGAGCGAGGAGAACUUUAAAUCCAUCGUGGAGAGCUAUCACUGUUGUCUAGAAACCAUCACAGAUAUGUGCAUCUCGCCCUGGCUGCACAGCAAGUGGAUCCGCCAGCUGUUGGGCAGGGAGGUAAACUAUCAUCGAUCCAAGACGGAGAUCCGCGGGUUCCUACGAAAGGUCUGAACCAUGGAGAUACUCCUCAUGGAAUAUAUAAUAGUGUAUUUUUGCCUCUCAGCUCAUUCAAAAAGAUUAGCUGACGAAUCAGAGAACUCCAUCGUGUCGAAGGAUAAGAACAUAUUUCUCCAUGUCACCACGGACCUUUUUAGGCGCGGUGUUUUCGAUCUCACAAAUGUAGAGGAUGAGUCCAACCAAGUUGUGUUUGGCGCCUUUGAGACGACCGCUAAGACUGUGUAUUAUGUGCUCAUGCUGCUGGCCAUGUUCCCCCAAUACCAGGAGAGAGUUUUUGAAGAAAUCAAAAGUCUAUUUCCCGAUAGCGGUGACUUCGAGGUCACCUACGAAGACAUCCAGCAAAUGGUGUACUUGGAUUUGGUUAUAAAUGAAUCCAUGCGUGUAAUAUCGCCAAUUCCCCUUGUGUCACGACAAACGUCAGCGGAUCUAACGCUGUCGAAUGGGAUUGUGAUACCCAAGGGAGUGCAGAUCAUGAUUGACAUAUUCCACAUGCACCGCAGCAAGAAGCUCUGGGGACCGGAAGCGGAAACCUUCAAUCCCGACAACUUUUUGGCGCACAAAGCUCGAGGCGAGCAGCAUCCCUAUGCCUUUAUACCUUUCACAAAGGGUAUACGGAAUUGCAUAGGCUGGAGAUAUGCCUUGAUUUCAGUGAAAGUCAUUUUGGCGAAACUGCUGAGGAAUUAUAGUUAUAAAACCAGUUUUAGGUUCGAAGAUCUUUAUUUCGUGGAAGAUGUAACCAUGAAGCUAAAGACGGUUCCAAAGUUGCAAGUCCAAAAGAGAAAAUGAAAAUGAGUAAUUAUGUGUUAUGGAAAAGAGCAACGAACUCGCCACCAGUCCAUUGGAAUUUGUAAGAAUAUUUUUAAGACAAAAUAGAUGUACAA